AUGAGAGACGGGGGCGUGGGAGUGCCCUCGCUACUGGAGACCGUUGCCCAGCAGAAGAUGGGACUGCUCCGGCGUCUCGAGGCCUCAGACGAGCCUGCAGUCAGGUUUAUAGCCUCUGGGGGUCUCUGGGGUCGCGAAGUCGGGGCAAUGGCGAGGCACUUCCGGGUAGGCCAUAUAGACAACAACACCUUGUCUCAAUUGAAAAGGUCGCUGUUGCGGAAGAAGAGGGAAGAGUGGAGUACAUCCUGGCAUGGCAAGGGGGCGGAGAACUUCUUUGGAAGCCGGGCCAGCAAUGCCAUCUUGCGAAAUGAUCUAGGCCCAGGCAGGAAAGCCAUCGACCUAUUGCGACUCAGGUCUCAGACCAUCAACUGCCGAGUCUCUAGAGCCAUUGGCCGGCUAAAACAGUGGCUACAGGGAGAAGGCUUCCAUGUACUCUUAGAGCCGCGGGUACAAAGUGGUCACACGUUCGUGAAGCCUGAUCUGAUCCUGCAGAAAAAUGGCCAGUACUCGGUGCUCGACGUCUGUGUGCCCUUCGAAAGCGAUAUUAACACCCUUCGCUUAGCUGAGCAGCACAAGAUCGAUAAGUACCGUGCACACGAGGUCGACAUCGGGAGGUUCAUUGCUAACAACAGCUCGCUGCCUCCGGUAGCUGCAGUGAACUUCCUGGGUGUUGCCUUCGGCGCACGAGGUGGCAUAAGACCAGCCACUAUCAAGCUGCUCAGCCGGUUGGGCAUCAGACGCGCGGGCAUCGAGAUACUUGUCACAAUGGCCAUUGAGGGAUCUAUAAACAUCCUUAGAUCCCUCAGACUGCAGCAUGGAUUUGCCAGGGAUAAACAAAUUCACAGCCCGGGAAUGCUGCUCGUUCACACUGCAAGGUGGUGCCUGAUCCUCAUGAGCCAACCAACGGUGCUACAUGUUCCUGGACAUGACGUUGAGCCUGGCCUACAAGUGGAAGGCCUAUUCUUGGGAAAACUCUGA